GAUAACCGUGUGUUGAAAUAUAGCAACGAAAUCCAUUGGUUGGUUCGCUUCGUGACACUUGAAUCUACUUGAAACAGAAAGCGACAAACGGGGCCCGCGGUAUUUUCAUUGCGAUGAAAACAUAAACAUAAGCAUGCGCAGUUGCGCAACUUUUGGCCGGCGGCUGAACACGUUGUGUUUCCCUUUUCACGUCCCCUUGAAUUUACGAGAGCAGAAGCCGUUCAAGAUGGAUGUUGUUCAAUUUCUGGAGCCUCAAAUUCUAUUAUUGAGUGAUUAAAGGCUUCUAAGAUGUCAACGGACGAUUUCGACUACGACGAUUUGUUUUGCGAUGAGGACGAAGGCGAAAUAGUUGACUGGCAAUUGCCACUAUGUUUCAUGAAAAAACGCCACAAAGAGGUGAUCGAAGGAUCGAGACCACUGGCUCAGACAUGGCGUAUGAAAGAACGAAUGAAGACCGUGAGCGUGGCUCUCGUCUUAUGCUUGAACAUUGGUGUCGACCCUCCUGAUGUGGUUAAAACCUCACCAUGUGCACGGAUGGAGUGCUGGAUUGAUCCUCUUUCAAUGGGUCCACAAAAAGCUUUAGAAACUGUUGGCAACAAACUUCAGGAACAGUAUGAACGCUGGCAGCCAAGGGUGAGGAGAUAUUUCUUAGAAUUUAACUGAGCUUUUAAGAUAGUUAAGAAUGACAGUUACAUACUUGAGUUCCAUGCAUAAAACUAUUUAUCAGACCAUGUCAGUUACAGGAUGAAUGGUACAUGUAGAUUUUUGAUUCAAAGGCAGCUGAAGCUGUUGUGCUUCUGAUUGGAUUUUGAAUCUACCUCCCUUCUAAAAGAAAUUAGACAAAUAGUUAAGAGGGUUUCUGCAGAACAUUAGAGUAAUAAUGGCAAGAAUUAAGUUACCAAAAAAACC